AAAAUUUUUUAUUUGUAUUAAUAGUCAUGGUAACAAAUUUCUGUGUACAUAUUUGUCAAUAAAACUUCGUUCGUUUUCGGUUUAUUUAAUGCAAAUAGUUGAGUAAAUAAAAAUAAUAUAUCAUGUGUUUUAUUUACAUGCAAGAAUCGCAACUGGUAUGCCUUGUAGUAGUCAAACCAUAUAUUUUUCUAACUAGCAAAUUUAUUUUACGAGCAAUCUUUGUACAUUUGACAUUUUACAUUGACUGGCAAUCAAUCGAAGCACGAUAUUUUAAAUGUUCGCGCCUGAAAGGUUAUUGCCUUCACCGGAGUCUGCGCAAAAGCAAGAUUUAGCACUUAGACGGAAAACGUUGCUUGUUGCUUUCUCGAACAUCGACAAUCUCCCGAUCGGUCGUGAAACGGCUAAGUUAUAACUUAGUUGUGCAGUCUGUACCGGAAUGGAAGUCGAAAACUCUGUUACUGAAGAAGGAACAAGCCCGGCAAACAAAGGGGAAAACGGUGAUUCAAGCCAUGUGAAUGGCCUGAACGGGUAUUCCGAGAAGCAUAAAAGUAACAAAUCCGAGCACAAAGAUAAAGAUAGGCAUAGGGAUAAAGAUAGGGAGAGAGAUAAAGAUAAGAACCGAAGUAAAGAUCAUAAGAGCUCAAAUAGGGACAAAGAUAAAGACAGGCAUCACAGCAGCUCUAAGGAUAAAGAUCGCCACAGCAGUUCUCACAAAUCUUCAAGCAAAGAUAAAGAACGUAGUGACAAGGAUAAGGAUAGGGAACGCAGUGAAAAAGACAGACAUAGAGACAAGGAUAAAGACCGCCACAGAGAUGAUAAAAAAUCGUCCAAAGACAAAGAUAGGGACCAUAAAAGCUCACAAGAUAAAGACCACAAAAGCAGCUCUAGAGAUAAAGAAAGAGAUAGGGACAAGGAUAAAGAAAAAAGAGAUAAAGAUAGGGAAAGAGAUAAAGACCGGGAUAAGCAUAAAAACAGGGAUAAGGACAAGGAAAAGGAAAAAGACCGGCAUAGCGGUUCUAAGGAGAAGGAUAAGCACAGAAGCAAGGAUCGCGAUAAAGACAGGCAUCAUUCCAGCUCCAAAGAUAAGGACAAGGAUAGAAAAGAUAAAGAAAGAAAAACUGAAAAAGAAAAAAAUUCAGAAGAAGAUUCCAAGGUGAAACCAACCCCCGCAGAGGAGCCUAAAGUAAACAAAAAAGAAAUAAUAGAAAUAAACUUGAAGGAAGAAGCUAAUCUGAGUACAGAUGAUGAUGAUGACAAGCUUGUUAUCAAGGAUGAACCAAGUAGUCAGGAUGAGGCAGACGAGCCUAUUCAAGCUGAUGUUUCAGCAGCAAGUAGCUGUGACUAUAAUUUGUCUCAUUUCAAGAAAAAUGAAUCUGUUUUUUCUGAAAAUGAAGAGAGCGAAUCACAAACUGAAAUAAAAGUGGAAGUUAAAGAGGAGGAAGAUAGUGAUGAAGAUAUGCCAUUGUCAGCUAGAGUUAGCAGCAAUAAGAGAAAGUUAGAAGAUGAUGAUGAUGAAGAAGACGACGAUAUCCCUUUGGCCGCUAGAAAAAAACCGAAAAUAGAGAAGAAAAUCAAAAAGGAAAAGAAGAAAAAGAGAAGCUUCGAUGAUGAAGAAGAAGAGGAAGACUUUAAACCCGAAAAAAAACCGAAAGUGAAAAAGGAAAAGGAUAAGAAGAAAAUUAAAAAAGAAGUCUCUCAACCGGAAAGUCCUGUUAAAGGCGGUAGAAAAAAGAAAGAAGAAGAAGAGGUCGAAGUCUGGAAGUGGUGGGAAGAAGAAAAGAAAGAUGAAGGUGUUAAAUGGAAAUUCCUGGAACACAAGGGUCCUGUUUUUGCUCCACCUUAUGAACCCCUACCAAAAAGUGUCAAAUUUAAAUAUAAUGGAAAGGUGGUGGAACUUUCCCCAGAAGCCGAAGAAGUUGCUGGUUUCUAUGGUAAAAUGUUGGAUCAUGACUACACAACCAAAGACGUAUUUAACAAGAACUUUUUCAAAGACUGGAGAAAGGUAAUGAACGAGGAGGAACGGGAACUAAUAACAGAUUUACAAAAAUGCGAUUUCAAUCAAAUGAAUGCCUACUAUAAGGAAGUGUCAGAAAAGAACAAAAACAGAUCUAAAGAGGAAAAGAAAGAACUCAAAGAGAAGAAUGAAGCUUUAAUAAAAGAGUAUGGUUUUUGCAUUAUUGAUGGACACAAAGAAAAGAUUGGUAACUUCAGAUUGGAACCUCCAGGUCUUUUUAGAGGUAGAGGUGAACACCCAAAGAUGGGCAAACUAAAGAAACGUCUGAACGCCGAAGAUAUAAUCAUCAACUGCAGCCAGGAUUCCAAUAUACCAAAACCUCCUUCUGGUCACAAAUGGAAGGAAGUGCGGCACUCGAACACGGUCACUUGGCUCGCAUCUUGGACGGAAAAUGUUCAAAAUCAAGUCAAGUAUAUCAUGUUAAAUCCGAGUUCUAAAUUGAAGGGAGAAAAGGAUUGGCAGAAAUACGAAAAUGCGAGAAGGUUGCAUAAGUGCAUUAAUAAGAUAAGAGAUGAUUAUCAAAAGGAUUGGAAAUCUAAAGAGAUGAAAAUUAGGCAAAGAGCUGUAGCCAUGUACUUUAUUGAUAAAUUGGCAUUGAGAGCUGGUAAUGAAAAAGAUGAAGAUCAAGCUGAUACUGUAGGUUGCUGUUCUCUUAGAGUAGAGCAUAUUGAGUUACACGAAAAGAAAGAUGACAAAGAAUAUGUUGUCGUCUUUGAUUUUCUUGGUAAAGAUUCCAUUAGAUAUUACAAUGAGGUGCCUGUUGAAAAGCGGGUUUUUAAAAAUCUUACACUCUUUAUGGAAAACAAAAAAGGUGGAGACGAUCUCUUUGAUAGACUUAACACUAUGAUUUUGAACAAACAUCUGUCAGAUUUAAUGCCGAAUCUAACUGCAAAGGUUUUCCGUACAUAUAACGCCUCUUGGACAUUACAACAACAACUAGACAAGCUAACUAAUGAAGAUGAUUCGGAGGCGGAAAAAAUUCUGUCCUACAAUAGAGCAAACAGAGCGGUGGCUAUUCUGUGUAACCAUCAGCGGUCUGUACCGAAAGGCCAUGAAAAGUCUAUGGAAAAACUGAAGGAGAAAAUCGACUCUAAGAGAGACGCCAUUAAGGAUGCCGAGAGACAGGUAAAAGAUGCUGUAAGAGAAGCCAAACAUGGCAGUGUAAAAGAGAAAUUUGUCGCCGAUAAGAAGAAAAAGCUUCUUCAACGUCUAAAAGAGCAAUUAGCCAAGCUGGAAAUUCAAGAAACCGAUCGUGACGAAAACAAGACGAUAGCUCUGGGCACAUCUAAAUUGAACUAUCUAGAUCCCAGAAUUAGCGUGGCUUGGUGCAAGAAAUAUGACGUUCCCAUUGAGAAGAUUUACAACAAGACCCAAAGGGACAAGUUUAGGUGGGCAAUUGACAUGGCUGGGCCUGAGUAUCGAUUUUAAAAUGAUAUAUAGAGAGUAGUGUGUGUAGGAAAAAUGUAAUUGUGUGCUCGGAAAACAUGUAUAGGUAUUUUCUUUGGUGUUGUAUUGGGUUCUUUAUAAUUUUACUUUUUUUCAAUACGUUUACGUUUUAGAUGUUUUACAAAAAAAUAAAUUGUUUUGAAGUUUCCCAUUUUAAAGUAAGGAUGUAGAAAUAAGGAAUAUUUCAAAUGCAAUCAUCUUUUAUUUUAAAUAUUAAGUACUUUAUGAUUUUGUUUGUACUACUCUACGUCGCCAAAGAAAACUGCUUCUGGUCUGAGUCAUUCCCAAUGAAAAGUGGGCGGUUUUACCAACCAGUAUCAUGGACAUUAUUAUAUAUUUAUAUAACUUUUUGAAUAUUGAAAAACUGGCUGUUGAAAGUUUCCGAAAGAGCACUACAGAAUAUUUCACCCUAUAUUUUUUAAGAUUAAAUUAUUAGUGAAUUUUAAAUUUUUACUUAGUGAAAUUUUCUUUUUUUUUUUAUUAAUUGUGUAAAUGUAAGGGAGGUAUUAAAUAUCUAUGUGCAGAUAUUGUAUCGUUUUUUGCAUUGGACUUGGGCGUCGACUUUCUUUUUCCCGCAACGAAAAUAAUUUGACUUUUUAUUACUUUAUUUACUGCACAUAUCAGCUUUGUAUUACAGAGUGAAAAAAAAAAUAGUUAUUAAGAAGCUACAGAUGAACUAUAUGAUAUAUUUUUAUAAUUUUAAUUUUACAGACUGUCUCGAAAACACAUAUGAAUAGCGAAAUCGCAACAUAAUUCUUUUUGUUUUCCUUUUAGAAACAAAAAAAAUGUCCACUAAACAAUACAUCAUGAUCGAUAGUUGAUUUGUAUAAAAAUGAAAUUUUCAUAAUAUUCAGUAUAGUAUAAUUUUAUGUAAAAUCUGUAAUUAUUCGGUAAUAUUUAAUGUUUUAUUGAAAGUCUACGUUCAUUGUGUUCUUUGCUAACUUUUCUCAGUUGUCAAUGUUCAAGGCGACUUAGCAAAUCUGUAUAUUACAGAUUUUAUAAAUAAAAGA